AUGACCUCGAUUCUGUUGAUCCUUCUAUUGGUUAUCACCGUCACCGGGAUGUUCCAGGAGCUCUCCGAUUUACAGAACCUUCACCGGUUCCUUGAAGGACUCCAAGGAUCCUCCUCACUUGCUGUAAAAUCAAGAAGCCGCAGAGAGCUAAUUUGUGGUAGGCGACUAAGUAAGACGGUAACCAACCUUUGCGUGGAGAUGAAUCCACAAAAGGAGGAGGACAUCGCAACGAAAUGUUGCAAAAAUAAAGGCUGUUCGAGGGAGUAUAUCAAAUCAAUAAUGUGCCCUGAUGAAUGAUUUUUUCCCUGCAAUCAA